CGAUCGGCAUUACAAUGAGUUCGGAACCAGCAGCAAAGAAAGCUAAAAUGUCGUGCCUCGAUCAACUAAAGUCGAUGACCGUGAUUGUGGCGGACACUGGAGAUUUUGAAGCCAUGGCGGCUUACAAACCCACCGAUGCCACGACGAAUCCUUCGUUGAUCCUCUCGGCCGCUGGAAUGGAUCAGUAUCAGCAUUUGAUCGACAAGGCCGUCAAGAGGGCAUCUGAGAGUGGUGGGAAUAGUGAUGAGAAGGUGGCUGAAGCCAUGGAUGUGCUCUGUGUUCUCUUUGGUUGCGAGAUUCUCAAGAUCAUCCCAGGUCGUGUGUCCACCGAAGUGGAUGCCAGGUUGUCCUUUGAUCGCGACGCGAGUGUGGCCAAGGCAUUGAAGCUCAUCAAGUUGUACGAGGAGGAAGGAAUUGAUAAGAAGAGAAUCCUCAUUAAGCUCGCAUCGACCUGGGAGGGGAUUCAAGCGGCCAAGAUUCUCGAGGAAGAACAUGGUGUUCAGUGCAAUCUGACCCUGCUCUUCUCCUUCUGCCAAGCUGUUGCUUGUGCCGAAGCUGGUGUCACGCUCAUAUCACCAUUCGUUGGUCGUAUUCUCGAUUGGUACGUUGCAAAUACGGAGAACAAAUCCUAUCCAGCUGAAAAGGAUCCCGGCGUUAUCUCCGUGACAAAGAUCUACAACUACUACAAGAAAUUUGACUACAAGACCGUCGUCAUGGGAGCCUCAUUUAGGAAUGUCGGUGAAAUUAAGGCCCUCGCUGGUUGCGACUUGCUCACCAUCAGCCCAAAAUUGCUCGGAGAACUCGGGGCAAGUGCAGAAACUAUUCCGCGCAAGCUCAAUGCCGAUACAGCCAAGGAGGCUGAUCUUGAGAAAAUCUCCCUCAAUGAAGCCGCUUUCCGAUGGAUGCUGAAUGAAGAUCAAAUGGCAACGGAGAAGCUGUCUGAUGGCAUAAGGAAAUUUGCAGCUGAUUCACGCAAACUCGAAACGAUGCUCCGGAACUUGCUUCAUACUUCCAAGUAAAGUGUAAUGUAAGAAAAAGAAAAUUGAAACUUCUGUGGGGUCUCGAUGGUCAUUCUGUUUUUUUUUUUAAUUCUUGAUCUGUUUUAUACAACUUAAUAAAUUUCUGCCAAAAGUG